ACCAACGUCGCCGGCAUCGCCCUGUCGCCGUCGGGCCGCGAGCGCACCAUCUACUACUCGCCGCUGUCCAGCACCCGGCUCUACUCGCUGCCCACCAGCGUGCUGCGUGAGCCCGGCCGGGACAUCGGCGGCUCCGUCAACGACCUGGGCCAGAAGCUGGGCGUGAGCGACGGCAUGUACAUGGACAGCGCCGGCGUGCUCUACUUCGGCGUCCUGCAAGAGAGCGGCGUCGCCCGCUGGGACUCGCACCGGGAGCAGUUCGCGGCCGGCCAGCGCAUCGUCGCCAGGGACCCGCGCCUGCUGCAGUGGCCCGACACCUUCGCCAUCGACCAGGCCGGCAACCUGCUCGCCGUCACCAACAAGCUGCAGAACUUCCUGCGGAAUCGGCCCAUGGACCACGAGCCCACGUACCGGGUGGUGCGCGCCGCGCUGGGCGUGCAGUCGUACCUGAGCGGUCCGGGCGGCGCCUUCGGCACUGCCUACCGGCCGAACCCCGGCAUCACAGGUGAGCUUAUAUAUCCCCCGUAACAUCGUCCUGCCAGUGUCUCUCGCACUCACUCUCUUUGCUCUUUAGAGACUUCGCUCCCAUAUAUCAGGGGGCGAUGCCGGACGCACCGACUCAUCAUCAUCAGGCGAAGAAAGUCACAUCACGCAUCCUCCUUUCCCUCCUUAUCGUUAUGUUUCUUCGCUUCGUCAGAAAACUAAUUCUUUAUUUCAGCAGUGUCUUUCUCUGUCGGUUUCGCUUUCCUCUGUGCCGAGCCGCUGCCGCGAGAUCCGCGUAGCACGACAGCCCCCCAGCGGGGCCUCCUCUCCCGGGGUCAGGAGUUCGCCGGACUGUUCUUGUCUCAUCAUUGGGAGGAUCGCACACAUGGGACCUGCCC